CUGUCAAAAAUGUUGACAAAAUUUUCAAGCACCGCAGGAUGUUGUAUCGGUCAUAUCUGGAUUAGUUAAUUCAUCAAGGUUUACAUACAAAUAUUUGAUAACUUCUCAGAAAAUGCAGUCGUUAUUGAGGCUUCGAACGGCCUUCAGGUCAACAAUAUCCAAAAGUAUUUGCACCAGCCAUGCGACUCUAUCGGCCUACGAAGGGGAUGGUAGAACGUCGGUGUCUAUCCUGAACAAAGAAGCGGACGCUGGAUUGCUAAUAAACUCCUUUAGCCAGGUCGGAUUUCGCUUGAGCAACGACAUGAAAGUCAUCGGGCCAAUGGCCAUUUUUCCCCGGUCGGUUCUCUCGUGGAACGUUGAAGACCACGACGACAUCAGCGAGGAAAGUUUAAGCUUGUUCACCGCGCUGGAACCGAAGAUUGACAUCCUCAUAGUGGGAAUUGGUGACCAGCAGACGACACCUGCGUUCACGAAGAAGAUUAUCGAAUUUAUGAAGAAGUAUAGGAUAAACGUGGAGGUACUUAGUACGGAGCAAGCGUGCGCCACCUUCAAUUUUCUGAAUGCAGAAGGCCGAGUUGUGGCGGCGGCGCUGAUUCCUCCGGUGACGUUGCGGAUCAAUGAAGAUGAUUUGAUGCGAACGCAUAUUUCCACCAGUAGGCCUUUCCAGUUGGAUGAAAAAUAGGAUAUCAAAUUGAGUCAAUCGUUACAUGUGUAUUCUAUAAUUAGUUGAAAGUAUAUUAAACUAAAAUAUUAAUUAUAUUUUCCUAGCAUCUUGUUAGAA